GAACUUCAGGCGAUCGAAUUGCGCUGUCGCGUCCCUCGGCACGCUUCCGCGUACUGGAACGAGAAGAGAGUCCUCGCCACCGUUUUUCCUUUCUCCACCGACGCCGCGGUCCUGCCGACCAUGCCAAGUGUCUACGGAAAGUCGCGCGGAUCACGUCGCGGGCGGUACGCACGCACUUAGUUAAGAACCAGGGCGGUUCGGAAAAAGCCGCGGCUUGUGUGCGUAAAGACCGUGGCGAGUGCUGCGGCCCCGUGAAAGAGGCGAUUCCACCGCGCGGCGCGGGCGGCCCGUCGUCGGGAUAUAAUUUGCUUUAUCGAUAGUUUCAGUGUCACAGGCCCUGCGGCGCCUAUGCAUAUCUCCAGAAUUUGGACCGUGUUCUAGAAUACAUUAAAGAUAAAGUGCUUGGUUACAUUUGGUUGGUUUACUAAGUAGCCACCAUGUCUGAAAUAAUAUACCCGCAAGGGUGCAGAUCAGUCACCGAAGAUUUAGGUCCGGAUGAGCUGAUCAGAAGACUCAAGACACUAGCGCACACGUUGCAAGCUAUGGGACAAGAUGAGGGAAUGUAUCAGCAAUACAUACCACUGGCAUUACAUUUGGCGGAAGAGCACUUUUUAAUGCAUCAGAGCAAAGAUGUACAAUUACUGAUUGCUUGCUGCAUCGCGGAUGUUUUAAGAGUUUACGCACCAGAGGCUCCUUAUAAAGAUGCCGAUCAGGUCAAAACGAUAUUCCUGUUCCUUAUUAAACAACUGGCAGGUUUAAAAGAUCCUAAAGAUCCUGCUUUUAAGAGGUACUUUUAUCUACUUGAGAAUUUAGCUUAUGUCAAAUCUUUCAACAUGUGCUUUGAGCUAGAGGAUUGCCAAGAGAUUUUCUGCGCAUUAUUUUCCCUCAUGUUCAGAAUUGUGAAUGACGAGCAUUCUGGUAAAGUUAAAAGCUUCAUGCUGGAUGUUUUAUGCCCACUUAUUACCGAAUCUGACAUUGUCAGUAACGAACUUCUGGAUAUCAUACUUAUGAAUAUUGUAGAACCAAACAAGACGCAAAAGAAGAAUGCAUAUUUGCUGGCUAAAGAGUUGGUAAUCAAAUGUAGCGAUACAUUAGAACCAUACAUUCAAGCGUUUUUCAAUCAUGUCUUAAUACUGGGUAAGGAGGAGAAGAGUUUACAAAUUUGCAAGAAGGUAUAUGAUCUGAUCUAUGAGUUGAAUCACAUAUGUCCGAGUGUCUUGCUGUCCGUCCUUCCGCAACUAGAAUGUAAAUUAAAAUCCUCAUCUGAGAAUGAGAGAUUGGGCGCUGUAGCAUUGCUUGCUAGAAUGUUCUCCGAAAAGGGCUCACAAUUAGCCGUACAGCAUACACAAUUAUGGCGGGCGUUUUUGGGACGAUUCAACGAUAUCAGCGUGUCGAUUCGUAAUAAGUGUGUGCAGUAUUCAAUGCACUUCUUGCUAAAUCAUCCUGAAUUGAGGAAGGAUAUCACGGAUACCUUGAAACUGAGGCAACACGAUGCCGAUGAAAGUGUCCGCUACGAAGUCGUUAUGGCUAUAGUGACAACUGCCAGACGGGACUUCGAAGUUGUGUCAGAUAGUGAGGACUUGCUCGAAUUUGUCAAAGAAAGGACUUUGGACAAAAAGUUUAAAAUACGGAAAGAGGCGAUGUCCGGCUUGGCUAUGAUAUAUAAGAAACAUUUGAACGAUGCCGACGUGCCGCAGGCAACAAAGAAAGCGGUUAUUUGGAUAAAAGAUAAAAUAUUACAUGGUUAUUAUAUGGCAGGCAUGGAAGACAGAUUGCUGGUGGAGAGAUUGCUAAAUACGUGCCUAGUACCUUAUCAGUUGCAAGCUGAAGAGAGGAUGAAAAAAUUGUACCAUCUUUUAGGUACAAUUGAUGAUCAUGCUUCUAAAGCAUUUGUGGAACUUCAGAAGCACCAACUUGCUGUGCGAAGGGCAGUAGUUGAAUGGAUAGACAUUGUGAAGAAACCAGACGCUAAAAAUGAGCUAAUGACGAAGAUUCAUCAGAUAUCGCGCUUCCUGCCAGAUCCCAUGAAAGUACAGGAGUUUCUUCAAAAAUUUAGCUCUCAUAUGAAGAAAGACGCCAGAUUAUUACAGGAAAUGGAAACGAUUGUGCAACCGAAUGUCUCCUGCAAGGAAUGCGCUGAAACAAUCACUAAGGUUCUCAAAAAAUUAGGACAGCCCGUUAUGACUAAUUUAUAUUAUAAUACAAUUAAGAUGCUGCUCGAAAGAGUAAGCUCUGUCAUGAUUGACGAAGAGGCAAUUCGAGUUUUGAUCGGAUACGUCUUAGACUGUUUAAAGGGAGGUAACGUGAUAGACGAAAUCGGUCUUAAUCCGAAUAAUGCUGGGGAGAAAGGAUUAAGACUAUUAGUGAUGCUUUCAUUUGUAUUUGGUCCGCAUUUCCUGCAUAACGAUAUAUUGAUGCAAUUGGUCAAUUUGCUUGAAUUGGAGGACGAGAUGGUAGCACCGUUAGUUCUCUCUAUCUUCACGUUCUUGGGAAAAUAUAAACCUCUAUGCGACGUGGCGCCGGACAUUAUGAAUCUUAUGGUACCGAUAUGCAAGAACUUCGCUGAGACGGGAACACCGAAACAGGCAAAACAAGCUGUGAGAUGUUUGUUCGUCAACAUGACCAAUAUUCAUGAUACCAUCUUCCCCGAGAUCAUCGAGAGAAUUAAAAACACGCUGACGCCGACGUCGGAAUAUUAUCGGACGUCUAUAGUCACGUUAGGUCACAUAGCGUAUAAUUUGCCAGAAAAAUAUCAAGUACAAAUAAAAAAUAUGGUGUCCAGGAAAAUAGUUAAAGAAUUACUAGUGAAGGAAAGCAGCGAGCAAACCUCCGAAGCUAUCGAGGGAGAUUGGUGCAAAGAGGAUGAAUUACCCGAAGAGACGCGAUGCAGAUUGGAAGGCUUGAAGUGCAUGGCUCGUUGGUUAUUAGGAUUAAAGUCCGACGUAUUGUCAGCGCAAAAGACGUUCAGAAUGCUGAAUGCUUUCAUGGUGAACAAAGGUGACUUGCUGUCACAGGGACGUUUGAGCAAAGCUGAAAUGAGUUGGUUGCGAUUGCAAGCGGGUUGUUCAAUGUUGAAGAUAUGCGAACAGAAGGGCGUCGGCGAUCAAUUCACUGCAGAACAAUUUUAUAAUCUUUCGCAACUCAUGGUGGACGAGGUCCCUCAAGUCAGAGAAGCUUUUGGUGGUAAACUACACAAAGGUUUAGGAAGAGGAAUUCCAAACAAAUGUCUACCACUGGAUUUCAUGGGAUAUUACGCUCUUGCUGGCAAGGAACAAGAUAAGAGAUUAAAAUGUGUAUUGAAGACAUAUAUGCAGACAGACAUAAAUAAAAGGAGGGAUUAUGUGAAAACUCUUUCAUUGGGUACUGUUGAGCGAGCUAUGGAUCAAUUGCCCCAUAUUUUGCCGGAUUACAUGCUAGUUUUCGCGGUACCUGUUCUCGCGCAUGACCCCGAAUUCACGAGUCAUAUGAUGGUGAGCCAAUUGAAAGUUAUUCAACAAUGUCUUUGGUUCAUCUUGGAGCCUCUCAUCACAAAGAACGAAUAUUAUUGCUACGGAUUCUACAAAAAUCUCGUGGAACGUAUGAAAACUCACAAAGAUGCAUUGAAACCUGAGGACAACGAAAUGAAUUAUAAAUUGUGGGCUGUUUGUGACUUGGCAAUGAAUGUAAUAUACACCAAGACUACCAAUUUCGACAUGAAGGAGUUUCCGAGUGAGACGCGAAUUCCUACGAUGUAUUUUAAACGGUCAGACGAAACAAUGCACAAUCAGAAGAAUUACUUACCUGUGGAAUUACAAGUGAACAUGACGAAUCCAAAAGGAAAGGGAUCAUUCCACAAUACACAUACGGUUAAUGAGAGACCACAGCGCAAGGCUAAAUCCAAACAACAGAAGGAAGUAGGCAUUGGGCCUAAUGAAACAGAUGCAAGGCUGCAAGUUGGAGAAGUGGAAUGUAUCGAUGCCCAGCCUGCGGAAGCAUCAGAGACCAGGAUUCAACUGCCUGGUUUAGAAGAAGAGAUCGAGGAACCACCAGCGAAGAGGGCAUUAAGGGAAUCGGAUAAAGUAAAUAAAUAAUUCAGUGAUCGGACUAUACCCGGGGAACACUGGGACGGGGAAAGACUUAAAGAACAUGAUGAUAAGAAAAUUAAAGAAUCUAAAAAAUACUUUACACAAAUUAGAAAACAGAAUAUUUUGGUUAUAUAUAACAAUUAACUAAGUCGUUCGUGUAUUUCUAGAGUGUAAGAUUUUAAGAUUAUGACACAGUAACGUCAGGCUUAUAAUGCAAAGAGUUCUCUGGAUUUGCAACUUGUGAGCAAGAAAAAAAAAAGAAAUAGAACGAAAAGUUUAUUAAUUCUUCGCAAAUAUAUGGACUCGUGAAUAUAAUUUGAUUCGCUGACGACAAAUUUAUGAAAUAUUACAUAUUCGUAUUUCUCUCUUGUUAUUUUUAUGACUGAUAGAAUUGCGUUAAAGUAAUUUACGAUAUAGCAAAAAAAUUUCUUCAAAUGGUCCGUGUCAGAAUGAAAAUUUUUUAUAAAUUUUAUAACAGAUUUUUCCUGGAUCAAAACUCUUAUUCGGUACACAAUCAUUAUUCACUUUCACACUAUGAUACAUGAACGUUUCUUUUUUAAUCUAUUUCGCAACUGUAAUGAACGCUAUCACAAUAUUAUUUUACUAAAAAAUAGUAUCAGUUAAUAAGCAAGUAUAUAUAAAUAUUGUCAACAUACUUUAUUAAUAAAUGACUGAAGUGAAAACUUUCUUUUUAAAGAGAAAUAUACCCAGAUAUAUCAAUUAAAUCGUCACUUUAUAAACAGUCAAGGAGAAUACUACAGUUUUGUUGCAUAAACGAUACAUAUUAGAUAAGAAGUUGUGUGUCUAUUGGCUUUGCGAUCCAAAGUUGUUGGUUUUUAAUAAUAUAAUUAUCGCCACACUUUCGUCGCGAUUAUUAUGAUUGAUACACAUUAAGUAUGAUCAUGUGUAACAAUGGAAAAAAAAAAAAAUAUUGCGAGAACUUGCGAAAACCUUCAACUUUUGUAUUUAUAAAUAAACAUAAAAUUAAAAUUAUACCGAUUGCGAAAGAUUAUUGCGUAAUACCUUAAUUUAUGUCAAUGUAUAUGCAAUUCUUGCAAUUUACAAGUGUGAAGAGAUAAACGCGUUUCAAUUUUAUUUAUUAAAUAUAAUGUUCGAAGGAUAGAAGAUUUUUGAGUAUGAAUUUUUGAAUGGAGUUUUGAGUAAAGUGGGCCUAGAUUUUAAAGAUUUAAGUUCUCAGCAUUAUAAUUAUUAAACUUAAACAUUCAACUGUCUUAAAUUUAAACAUGAAUGAAAAUGGCGCAUGAAUUCGUGAAUGGUGAUGGAUGAUUGAAAUCGCAUAAAUAUUAUAGAAUUAACAUAUACCUAUUACUUUUUCAUAGAAAUUACAGUACAAUGCACUUUCCAACAAUUAUAUAAUUUUCCAAAUCUGAAAAUAUGUCAUUCUUUCUCUUAUUAUCAUUGAUAUUUCUCUUUUUUUCGUGUAGUUUUCUCAUUAAAUUCAGUUUUCUCAUUAGAUUCAUGCUAUAUGUUAUCAAUUAGCAAAUAUCUUUAUAUAUAUAUAUAUAUAUAUAUAUUAUGCUGAUUGAAAUUGGAAUACGAUAAAAACAUUUUUGAAAUGUACGAUCCUUUUCUGCAUAGUACUGCAAUUUUUUUCAAAUAGGUCAUAGAUUACGAAAAAUAUACAUAAUCUGAUUAAACAACCAAUUAAUCAGUGCUAUUCAUCUGUCGAUCUGUGAGACAUAUGGCGUAUUGUAAUGGUUCUAUAAUAAAACAAAUUAAGUAACA